UGUUAGAGCUGGUUCUCGCGGAAAUACUGACGUGUACACGAGCAGUAGCUAGUGGAGCUAGCUAGGUAGAGCCGGGUAGUGACACAGAAUCUGUAUCAGGAUGUCAGAAGGGGACAGUGUUGGGGAGUCGAUCCAUGGGAAACCAUCUGUAGUUGCUGCCUUUUUCACCAGGAUUGGACAGGUCUAUCAGUCAUGGCUUGACAAGUCAACGCCAUUCUCUAUAGUGCGAUGGGCACUCACUUUACUACUUACUCUUGUCUACAUGAUCAGAGUCUACAUACUACAGGGGUGGUAUAUAGUAACAUAUGCUUUGGGAAUCUACCAUCUGAACCUGUUCAUUGCAUUUCUAUCGCCAAAAGUGGAUCCCUCACUACUUGACGAAGACGAGGGCCCAUCCCUUCCUACCAAGCAGAAUGAGGAGUUCCGCCCUUUCAUCAGGAGGUUGCCCGAAUUCAAAUUCUGGCACUCAGCGACAAAAGGCAUCGUCAUCGCUAUGAUUUGCACAUUUUUCGAUGCCUUCAACGUGCCGGUGUUCUGGCCUAUCCUCGUAAUGUACUUCAUCAUGCUCUUUUGCAUUACCAUGAAGAGGCAGAUUAAGCAUAUGAUCAAGUACAGAUACCUACCCUUCACACACGGGAAGAGGACAUAUAAAGGCAAGGAAGACACAGGAAAAACUUUUGCUAGUUAAAAACUCCUUACUUUUUGUCUCUGUCCCAUCAGAAAAGUUGUCACAGCUAGUGGGGAGUAAUGAAAAUUAGAGAUUUUCUUUUGUUUUUCUUUUUAUUAUUAUUUUUCUGUGGGGCAGGAUUUGGACAGUAACAUGGAAGCAUAAUAUGAAAAUCCAAGUUUUGAUUCAUAGUGUCGGGAGGAGGAUAUGAGCAGCAUGGAUCAAAACACUGACUUGCUUGCCCAUGAAACUUUUAAAACUUUGUCUGCAUUUGUUAAAUAGUACAUGGGACUCAGUGUUGCCUUUUGCCUUUUCUACACCAUUAGUGAAGUUUAGUCAUCAAGAAAGAGCCAACUUAAAAUAGCAUUGCAGUAAUUUUUUUUUAAUGUCAGGUUCUUUCAUCAAUGAUUAUUUUGUUAUUGC